AUGAUUACGUGGCCCGGCUGCGAGGGAGGAGGCUGGGCAGGAGUGAUGCAUGUGCUGCCUUCAGCUCCGGAGUACCUGCCUGCGAGCUGGGCUCACCGCUGCUCUGGAGGCCGGUAUUGCGUGGGACGGACCGGCCCUGCUUUCUGAUGCCGGUGUUGCCUGGUGCCGCAGGAAAUAAAGCAGCGUUGUGGUGGCCUGGGUAACUGCUCCCGAGCAGGCGGGAUCUGGAGCAAGCAUCCAGAGUCGAGCACAGUCCCUUGCUCCCUGCUUCCCUUCUGGUCGCGAGGCUGGACCCUCCCAGUGAUUGCAGCUCUUGGCUUGUUUUUGCACGUAGCAGCCAGGGACCAUGUCCACCCGGCGCCUCCGCAGCGAGGACUACAACGACUACAGCUCCACGGACGUCACGCCGGAGGGGAGCCCACCCGGCGGCAUGAAUGGCUUUGCCCACCCCGAGUCCUACCAGCGCUUCGGGGAGACCAACGGGACAACGUGGUACCAGACCCUGAUCCACCUCCUGAAGGGGAAUAUCGGCACGGGGCUGCUGGGGCUGCCUCUGGCUGUGAAGAACGCCGGCAUCCUGCUGGGUCCUCUGAGCCUGCUGGUGAUGGGAGUCGUGGCUGUGCACUGCAUGGGCAUCCUGGUGAAAUGUGCCCAUCACUUCUGCUACAGGUUCCAGAAGCAGUUUGUGGACUACGGGGGUGCUGUGAUGUACGGGCUGGAGUCAACUCCCAGCGCAUGGCUGCGGACACAUGCCAUCUGGGGAAGGCGUGUAGUGGGACUUUUCCUGAUCAUCACUCAGUUGGGUUUCUGCUGCGUGUACUUCGUCUUUCUGGCUGACAACCUGAAACAGGUCAUAUCUGCAGCAAACGGGACCACCAAUGACUGCAGCUUGAACAGGACGGUGGCCAUGACCCCCACCAUGGACUCCCGGCUAUACAUGCUUUCCCUCCUGCCUUUUGUGGUGCUGCUCACGUUCAUCCAGAAUCUCAAGGUCCUGUCCAUCUUCUCCAUGCUGGCCAACGUGGCCAUGCUUGGCAGCCUCAUUGUGAUCUACCAGUACAUCGUCAGGGACAUUCCUGAUCCCAGUGACCUGCCUCUAGCAGCAGCCUGGAAGACCUACCCUCUGUUUUUUGGCACUGCGAUCUUUGCUUUCGAAGGCAUCGGGGUGGUGCUGCCUCUGGAAAACAAGAUGAAGAACCCCCAGCAGUUCCCAGUCAUCCUCUAUGUGGGGAUGACCAUUGUCACCAUCUUGUACAUCAGCCUGAGCGUCCUGGGCUACCUGCGCUUCAGGGCGGACAUUCAGGCCAGCAUAACGCUCAACCUGCCCAACUGCUGGCUGUACCAAGCUGUCAAGCUGCUCUUCUCCUUCGGGAUUUUCUUCACGUACGCCGUGCAGUUCUACGUGCCCGCCGAGAUCGUCAUCCCUCCCCUUGUUGCCCGGGUGUCGGAGCGCUGGGGCUGGCUGGUCAACCUGCUCCUCAGGGUGGCCCUGGUCAGCAUAACCUGCGUGCUGGCCAUCCUCAUCCCGCGCCUGGACAUCGUCAUCUCGCUGGUGGGCUCCGUCAGCAGCAGUGCCCUGGCUCUCAUCUUCCCCCCGCUGCUGGAGAUCGCCACCUACUAUGCAGAAGGCAUGCACCCCCUUGUCAUCGCCAAGGACAUUGCCAUCAGCCUCUUCGGCUUCGUGGGCUUCGUGGUGGGGACGUACGAGGCGCUGGUGGAGCUGGUAGCGCCCACCGCCGCCGUUGUGAACGCCACCAGUGCCAUGGUGCAGUGACGGUUCCCCUGCCCCGCCAGCCCCUCCGGAUGCCGUGCUGGGGGGCACACGGGCACCGGGCGCUGCUGGUCUCCUGGGAACAGUCUCCACCCUCCUCUUGGGAAACGUGGAGGGUUUAGUCUGCGAGAGGACGGGGCUGCCCACCAUCGCGGCUGCCCGUCUGCAGCAGAGUCCCGUGCUGGGCUCCAGCUGGGGAGGUGGGGAGCCGGGCUGGGGCAGUGCCUUCCCUGGGGGCUUUUUGGGCAGGUGAUACAGCAAAACAGCCCCCUUGGCACCUGUGUAAAUAGUCACUUUGAGAGGUGAGCAAUCCUGGGGAUGUAGAUUUUGAUUUUAUUUUAUUUUUUUAAAUCCAAACCUUUCCGUAUUUCCCCUGUCCCUUCAGUCAGGGCAGGGAACAGGGACUGCUCUUUUUUUGUGCCAGUUUUUUUUUUUUCCCCCUCAGCACUUUAUUUUUACAGCAACAGAGAAACCUCAGCUCAGGUUGGAGAGCGUGGAGCUGCCUCCUCACCCCAGCCUCGUGGGGAGGGCGGGCAGAGCCUGAGGUGCGGAGCAUCCUGGGGCCCCCCAGCUCUCCCACGGUGGGAUCCCCAGCCAUGGGCAUUGGCUCCUGCUGGGCUCCAGCUCUGUUUCCAGCCGCCUCGGGGGCUGAGCAGGGCCUGGAGCUGGGCACCGGGCACAGCACCUCCCUGGCCUGGGAGGGUUUGCUGAACCCUGGCCCACGUUUUCAGUAGUGACACUUCUUUUUCCCCAUCUCGUGCACAUACCUAACGCAUGGCUUUCGGAAGUGUUAGAGAACCAAGGUGUGCAGAGAGCAAAGGGGCCCUGCUGUCACGAGGGUCUGAGCCAGUCGCCUUCGGCUGGGAGCCCUCUCCCUGCACGGGACGGGAUGUCCUCGGGGGUUACCACGUGCUGCCUGCACGCCACAAAAAUACAUCACUUUGUUUACAGUGCUCGAGCUGGCCCGGCACGCUCCGGCUGCGUCUGCAGGCAGAUACUGAAUGUCAAAUCACAUACAAAAACCCCAUAAUAUUGGUUGUUGGUUUUUUUUAACCCUUUCUCUCCUGGUCCCACUCCAUCCCUGGUGGCAUCCUCUGCCUCCGCCCCAGCUCCUGUCCCCUGGUAGGAUCCAGCUCUCUGGCGGUUCUCCCUGUGCUCCUGCUGCUUCUUGUGUUGUGGCUGGUGCAUGCCUGGCGGGGAUGGUCCCCACUACGCUGCUGCUUUCCUUCUUCUCAGUGAGCCCAGCUUCUUCCCUAGAGACUUUCCUUGCCUUUCUGCUGGAUUUCUUUUUUUUUUUUUUUUUAAUAAGAUGAGAGCAAAUGCAUCCUCCAUGGGAUAUCUUUUCCUAGCAGCGUGAAAAAGUUUUUGAGCCGCCCCUCUGCAACCCCGUGUCUGGGCCAAACUCCUCCCUGCUAACGCGACAUCUCCCAAACGCCGGCAGCGCGGUGGCUUCCUUUGGAGAGCCUUUAUCCCCGUGUCCCGCCGCAGCCGUGUCUCCCUGGGGGUGGGCAAAGGCUGCUGGCAGUGGUGGGAGAAAGGAGUGUGAAUAUAGCGCUGGUGGGCUGUGUUCCCAUCUUUGAUGGAGGAUGAGUGAGGCUCGGGGUUAUUUUCGGUGUUUGACCCGCUUCUGGGAGGAGAAGGCUGUGCAGAGCAGUGUCCCUGCAGCCUGCCUCCUCAAUGUGUGGUGUUUCAGUGUCUUGCACAGUGUCCCCUUUGCUGGCUCUGCUUUGGGUGCCCCAUGCUGGUACGUGGACGUGGCCAGGCGCGGGGUAGGUCUGUGCCACGUCGCUGCUCCUUUCCAGCCCCUCACCUGCCUGCUGUGUCUCUCGCUGCUCACCUCGUCUCCUCCAAGUCUGUGCUGGUGACGGUUUCGGCAUGCUCUGGCAUUGCUUGGUCAUGAGCAGAGCAAAGCUUUAAGUCAAAUCCUUCAUCUGGAGGACACCGUGGGGAUAGAGAGCAAACACCCAGCUCUGGGAGGGGGCUCCGGGGCAUGCCGCGGAUGGGAAAAGUGCAAUAUUCAUGUCCAUCGCUGCGUGCUGACCCUGGCGGGGCUCUUGGGGGUUGGGUUUGAGUGCAGAAAUGUCACCCUGGGCAGAGGAGGGCAUGCUGUGAGGAGCAGGGGACAUCUGAUGCUUGCCCCCAGCUCUGUCGAUACCCCACGAGAAGGCUGGCCGCGUUUUGGGGGACAGCUGUGUGCCAGGGCAUGUCCCCAGCCUGGUACUGGGCAUCAGUGGGUUUGCUGGCGGGGCUUCUAGCAUCCAAACUCACUUUGCAAUCAGCGGUGAAGACCUCAUUUCCAAGGAGACUGGGAUAUCACAGCAGCAUUAAAUGUUUUUUUUGUAGUUCUUCACUUUUAUCGGGGUGAGCAGGGGGUGUUUGGAGAUGGGGCCAGACGUGGUGGUGAGGCACAUGGCAUGAGGGGCUCUGCCGAGCCAGGAGGACCUGACACAGGACCCGAUGGACACGAAAACUUGACACUUGUGUAUCUUAGGCUGCUCUGUAACCAAGGAAAUUGUCUGUGUAAAUAUAGAAAUGAUUAAUAUACAUGUCUUGUGCCUAUGGAUAUUGUCAGCGUACAGUGUGUAGCUGCCCAGUGGAAGAGCUGGUGCUGCACCUGAAUCAUGUAUCUUACUUUAAUCAAUAAAUAUGAUCUAUUUUUUAUGUGAAAAGGC